AUGGGCGGUGACGGAGGUAGCAUUCCGAGUCGUAUUGACUUGGUUCGGACUUCAGGUUACGCCUUUAGCCGGAAUCUAGGCGGAAUGGGAUACUUACCAAACACUCAAUGCAGGGCAAAUAAUGAACAUCUCUCCAGUAACCAAAUCAAAGAACUCAGAUGGAAAACCUGCGCAUUAUCACAAGAGCCUUUAAGUCCGCCUAUAGUUUCCUGUAAACUGGGCUUAUUAUAUAAUAAAGAGGCCGUGUUGAAAUUUAUUUUAUCAAAGAAACCAAACCCUUCCUUUGAGCAUUUAAAAGGCUUAAAAGAUAUUAAAGACAUAGAAUUCUUGGUUGAUAAGGGAACGGGAAGGUUUCUAUGUCCAAUUUUAAGAACUGAGCUUUCAGCUACGAACAGAGCCGUUUUAAUAUGGAAUUGUGGCUGCUGUAUGUCAGAAAAAGCUUUUAAGCAAUUCAUGAAAAACACAACUGAAGCUCAGUGCCCAAAUUGUAACACAACCUUCAAGUAUAAUCCUGAAGUUUUUAAUAAAUCGCAAAGUCUCCCGUUUAACUCAGAUUUAGUAUUUCUAGUACCAGACUUAACCGAAGAAGGCAUUUUAAGAACGAAGUUAUUACACCUCAAAUCGCUGAAAACACAAUAA